UCUGUUGCUUUGAAUGCCAUUAUUCAUACAGAUUAAAAUCUUCUCUUUUUCCUAAGAAUUGACCGAGUGAUGAUAAUGGUUUCAUGCAGUGUCAAUCUUGGAUCUUUUGUACCCAUUUAAGUGUGGACUGUACGCAGCAGGGUCACAUUUGUGAAAGCUGGUCACAGGCUCGUGAAAACAAAACCGUUGUUUUUCCAUGGUGCCACUGGGGGCACAAAGAGAAAUCAAAAAUCGGCUAAUCCAAGCACAACACAGAGGGAAUCCGAUUGCUGCAGUAUGGCAGAGCACAGAGACAACAUAGACGACUUUAAGGUCCAGACAGCCAAGCACGGCAACAUCAGCUCGGCUCCUCUGCGGCCGCACAACGAUUACUCUAAAGACCGAGCGUCCAAAAGGCUUUCGACGGACUCCAAUGGGACCAGUGAAGGAGGCGCGGGCUCCUCCACGCCCGUGGAAGUGACCGCGCUGGAGGAGUCGUUCCGGCGCUUCGCCAUUCACGGCGACACCCGCGCCACAGGCAAGGAGAUGCACGGCAAGAACUGGUCCAAACUCUGCAAGGACUGCGGCGUGAUCGAUGGCAAGAACAUCACGCUCACUGACGUGGACAUCGUCUUCAGCAAAGUCAAGAAGAAAUCCUCUCGCAACAUCACAUUUGAUGAGUUCAAAGUUGCACUCGGAGAGCUGGCCAGGAAGAAAUAUAAAGAAAAGACAGGAGACGAGGCCGAGGCUGAAGUGUUCAAGCAGAUUGAAGGAAAGGCGCCUGUCAUCGCAGGAGUCACGAGAGCUGUGGCGUCUCCGACAGUGAGCCGCCUUACAGACACCUCAAAGUUUACAGGGUCACACAAGGAGCGCUUCGAUCCAACGGGUCGCGGGAAGGGUAAGGCGGGACGAGUGGACGUGGUUGACACUUCCGGGUAUGUCUCAGGAUACAAGCAUCAAGGGUCGUAUGAAAAGAAAGUCACUAAACCAACCGUGGGCAAGCCCAUGUAAAGGCGAAGAUGAGGAAAUAAACAUUUGAUCCAAACAAACAAAAAAAAAAAA